GCGACCGUCUACCACCUAACAUCCGUGGAAGAAAUGUACAGCAAAGCUAGGAUACACAGUUUCUCCCACUCCUCUGAGCAGCUGUUUGUGUGCGUUCAUACUGAAAGUGAGUGACAUACAGGCGCGUGCAGGUGAACAUAUUUAUUUGUUUUUGACUUAGACGCUAAAGUCGGUGUCAACAUGGAGAACUGCGGCUUCCAGAGCCAACUGCUGUCCGUCAUGGAGGUCCUGGCAAAGGCGGCUGUGGCGGAGAUAAACCGGCGUGUGGAUGACAGCUGCGCGGUGCUCCGGCUGGAGGUGAGCCAGAGCCGGCGGGACAUCGACCUGCUGAAGAGGAAGAGUGAGGUGAUGGAGGCAGAGCUCAGGAGGACCCGGAUGAGAGCCAGGAGGAAAGUGUUUUAUCCUCCUGCAGCCGAGAGAUUCUCUCCUUUAGUCAAAGUGUGGCUGAACAAAGAGAGACAGAGCACAGAUUGGGAUGCUGAGGAGCAAAACCAACCCCAGCAGUGUGCAGACGUGGAGCCGUGUAAUGAAUCUGAACACAUUCUGAUCAAAGAGGAGCGUGCAGAGGAGGACAUGUGGAAGAACGCCUCCGAGGACAAACUGAUCUCUGGAGCCGGGCAGCAGCCGUGUUUCGACGCCUCACAAUGUGCCCACACAGACGGCUUUGAAGAGCGCCACCACUCAGCGGAGGACCCGCACGACCCCGGAGCUCUGGGUUCCCCAACAGACGGCUACGACACUUUCCCAGAGCAGCAGCUGAGCAGACAGCAAACUGAGGCGGAGCUCGUAGUGAAACACGAGAGCGAGGAAGAGUCCGAUGAGAACGCGGUUCCUCUCGACUCGCCCCACGAGUUUGUGGCGGAGGAAGGUGACGGACAGCUGUGGUCGUCCAGUCUGUGCAGAGACGCUGUGGAUCCGAGCUUCUCGUAUGCUGAGCAACAGUUUGAGCUGAUCCCGUCCGUGUUCCCGACUCACAGCGGAUUACAUUUGGAACCUCAGGUUCACUCGGGAGGGAAAUCGCACUCGGUCGUGGUGAGCGCGGCGGCGCGAGUGAAAAGACGAGCCAGGACGUUUGGAUGUAAGAGACCACAACCAGAUGAAGGACACGGUGCUCUAUCUCACAUCGUCCCCAUGGAUCAAUGCUCCGUUCCUCAGCAAUCGCAGCAUCAGUACCGAGAUUCUCCUCAAGUGAGGAGCCCGAGCGAGGAUUCACCGGCGGCCUCUUCCUUCUGCCGCAGCAGCUUCGGCCUGGCGAGGAGGAUGAGGACGCCCUGGAGGUCCGGCAUCGGCGAGAAGAGGUUCAGCUGCACGUACUGCGACAAAAGCUUCAUGAGGUUCAGUCAGCUCAAAGAGCACCUGAGGAGCCACACGGGGGAGAAGCCGUUCAGCUGCCUGCAGUGCGGCAGGAGCUUCACCAAACAGUGCAACCUCAUCAGACACGCCGUGGUGCACAGCGGGGAGAAGCCCUUUGAGUGCUCGCUGUGCGGGAAGUGCUUCACGCAGCGCUCCAGCCUCAAGUCCCAUCAGAAAACAGCACACUGAGCUCACGGGGGUUUCUUUUAUACAUCCUGAGCUCUGGUUCUUUGUCUUUACCUGGAGCAGAUGAUGGAUAAAACAUUUGUUUCGUUUGGUUCACGUUGUUAUAUUUAAUAUACGAUUUUGAUAUAAGAUACUAGUCUGGUAUUGUCAUAUCAUAAUUUAAUUGGCCGUACCAGUGAGGUCGCAAGUUCAACAUUUCUUCUUUUCCUACCGCUCCAGACAGAAACUGCUGUCCAAUUUUUGUCAGCGGACUUGAACCUUACAUCUACUUUUCUUUUUUUCACCACGUUACCUCACAACACUAAAUAUCCGACAAAAGCGUACAUGCAGAAUUUAAUUAGCUGCGUGAAACUGGAGGAGAAAUACAUUAAACUUUAUGUCUGAUCUGUAGAACAUGCGUCAGAACAAGUACCGCUGGUAUGGUCCUUUAAAUGUGAUUCUCCCUGUUGAGGCAGUAAAAUGAUGUGACCGUUCGAGGCGAGUUAAAGAAACAAUAAAUACAUUUUGCUACUUAUUGAUACUUUUGAUAUCUUUGGAAAAAGCAGCAACAGUCACAUUAUAUUGUACGAGUGCUUAUGGCGUGCACAAUGAUGCGCAGACAGACAUAUUAAGGAUGCACGAAGGAAAGAAUCGGAAACAAAACGCAAGAAAAACUCAGAGAAACGUUGUUCAAUCAGCAAAAACAUCUUAAUCUGUAUUCAUCGAGGCAGGUAACACAAACUCUUUACACAAAUAUACAAAAGGUAAGACUCAUAAAUAUCAAAUUAGAUCCUUUAUACUGUAAAACAGUGUCAUGAAAGUUUCAUUGUUUGCAUAGAAAAGUAGUGAUAAGUAGUUCAGAGGAGAUCACUGUACACGUGCAUUUCAGUUCCUAAUGAAGCGACAGAUCAGCAGAAUGUAACAAGAGCAGGAAGUGGAGACAACAAUACAUCUCAAGUCAUAACCGGUCAUUUAGUUUGCACACGGGAUAAACAUUUUAAUGAACACUGAAAACUGCUUUGAUGUUAAACAUCCGGAUGACACUCGGCGAUAAAAGAAAGAGAAAAAUGCUUUUUACCCACGAAGGUCUGUUUCAGAUCUUCCCUGGAGUGCGUUAAUAAAUGUCACGAGACCACCAAUUUAAUACGAUUGAACCAAAUGUUAGCAGCAAUCACAUAGAGGCGCGUGUGUGUGUGAGGGAUUUAACUUGGGAAUGUGCUCCGAUUAAAAAGAAAACACAUUUCACUUGAAGUCAAAUCCUUGAACUUAGGUUGGACCAUCUUCUCAGGCGCCUACUCCGCUCACAACUUCCUCACAGCAGAGUGGAAAAGUUAACAAAUCUAAAUAGUAUUCAUCCAACACGAGCCGCCUCCUUUUAAGCAAAAACUUUUCCAUUAACCGAAGUCUCUCUUGAGUUUCUAGGUAAGUGAAGUUCACUGGCUUCUAAUUCUUCUGUAAGACGCUGGAGAUUAAAAAUCACUUGGAAGUGUUGCCCUCCUCUUACGCACGAGGGGAGCAGGCUGCACACACGGACACGCUCUCCUCCCCGCAGCACCAGGAUCAGCAUUAAAAGCGCCGAUUGUUUCCUAACACUAUUUCAGGACACGUUUGCAGCGUUUACCUUUUUAUUAUAAGUUUCGCACAAGAUUGAUUUCCCAUCUUUAAGGAGUACCAAGUUUAAAGAGAGACUAUGCGACUGUUGCAGAACAGAGGCCGCAGCCUGUGGUAAUAACAGCGUGAUGGCACAUCGCAUUUCACUUCAUUUCUGAGGAUCGUGUGAAGUGCGUUGCUUUAAAUCACAACAUUGUUGAGGGACAAAGUGCAUUCUUUGCGCUUGGAGACUCAGAGAAGCCCCUUGCACAUGGAAAUGAUCUGGACAUUACCCGGAGGAGAUGUGCGUGAGGAUGUCCGAGUCAUUCGGGCCGGACAUUACACCGGACACUGCCAGCACUACUAGUACGAAGUCCGUGUGAUGUCGAAUUGAGCACGUGUGUGAUCGAUCCACGAGCGGGCGCGUUCAUGACGUUUUUAUCACAGCUGGUGUGAAAACGGAUAAAUAAGUCAUUUACACGAAAAA